AUGGCUCCCGCAGCUGCUGAGAGCGCCUCACCGAUUGGCAUUGCCAAUCUGCCCAACCAGCGACACAAGAUUGUCGCCAAGCGCGGUGCUGGCUUCACCAUCAUGGUUGCUGGCGAGUCUGGCCUGGGCAAGACCACCUUCAUCAACACCCUCUUCUCUACCACCAUCAAGAACUACGCCGAUCACAAGCGCAGACACCAGAAGCAGGUCGACAAGACGGUUGAGAUUGAGAUCACCAAGGCCGAGCUGGAGGAGAAGUUCUUCAAGGUUCGAUUGACUGUCAUUGACACCCCCGGCUUCGGUGACUAUGUCAACAACCGCGAUUCUUGGCAACCCAUUAUCGAGUUCCUCGACGACCAGCACGAGUCUUACAUGCUUCAGGAGCAGCAGCCCCGCCGCCAGGACAAGAUUGAUCUCCGUGUCCAUGCCUGCCUGUACUUCAUCCGCCCUACCGGCCACACCCUGAAGCCCUUGGAUAUCGAAGUUAUGAAGCGCCUCUGCUCACGAGUCAACCUGAUUCCCGUGAUUGCCAAGGCUGAUACUCUCAGCCCAGCUGACCUGGCCAAGUUCAAGCAGAGAAUUGUGAGCGUCAUCGAGGCCCAGAACAUCAAGAUCUACCAGCCCCCUAUCGAGGAGGAUGACGAGGCUGCUGCCCAGCACGCGCGUAGCCUUAUGGCCGCUAUGCCGUUUGCCGUCAUCGGCUCCGAGAAGGACGUCAAGACCAGCGAUGGCCGCAUCGUCAAGGGUCGUCAGUACUCUUGGGGUGUUGCCGAGGUCGAGAACGAAGACCACUGCGACUUCAAGAAGCUGCGAUCCAUUCUGAUCCGCACCCACAUGCUCGAUCUUAUCCACACCACUGAGGAGCUUCACUACGAGGCCUACCGAGCACAGCAGAUGGAGACUCGCAAAUUCGGCGAGGCUCGACCCCGGAAGCUCGACAACCCCAAGUUUAAGGAAGAGGAGGAGGCCCUGCGAAAGCGAUUCACCGAGCAGGUCAAGGUCGAGGAGCAGCGCUUCCGACAAUGGGAACAGAAGCUCAUUGCUGAGCGUGAUCGUCUCAAUAAGGAUCUCGAGCAGACCCACGCCACAAUCAAGCAGCUGGAGAACGAGCUUGAGGCUAUGCAGGGAAAUGCCGUCCGAAGCCACGGUCGCCGAUAA